AUUAGAAUAGAUCAUCAUAGCACAACCAAGAAGAGUUGUGAAUAUCCUUGAGAGAUAUGUGAGGUGUUGUUUUGAGAGUUUUUAGUUAGAGCUUGUAUGUCUCUUAUUUCUAUUCUUGAAAGUAAUAGAAGUGUUUUUCUCUCAUAUUAGCACGAUCCUGUUAUUCCCAACAAGUGGUAUCAGAGCAAGGUUGAGCUUUUGAUAUUUUUCCCAGAUUUUUUUUUUCAGAUAAAAUUCUACUGUCUGAAAAAUCGAGUUUUUCAGUAUUGCUCGGAAUUGCAAUCUGAAUAUACCGUUGGAUUCGUCUCGUCGAGACGAGAAAACUGGUAUUUUUGGGGAUUUUUUUGGCCACCGGAAGCUGCCGUACGCGCCGCCAAACGCCGGCCAAAAACUGCCUGCGUCAUGCUGACGUCAUCACGCGCAGACAGAGGUUGAAGACAGCUGACGUCAUCGCUGACGUCAUCAGCCAGCCAGAGCUGCGUCAGCGACACGUCAGCGCCACAUGUGCAGUCCCAGCACAGUCAGCCGCCACGUCACCGGUCAACUGCCAACUUUCACCAGCGCCCAGUCAGCUGCCACGCCAUCGCCCAGUCACCGCCAUGUCACUGCCACGUCAUCUGCCACGUCACCGAUCAGUUUGUAAUUUUUAAAAUUUGCAGUUUGGUCCCUCAAUUUUUGGAAAAUUAUAAUUUCCACCUAUAAUUUUUCGAAAAUUGUAUUUUGACCCCGAAAGUGCCUACCCACCACUUUCGGCCGUUCCGGACGCAACGGUGCUGCCCGUAUUUCGAAAUACGGCUCCGAUUUUUCUGAAACAGAAAAUCAAAAUUAUUUAGAAGGUGAAAAUGACCUUUGACGAGUCAACUUCAUCUUCCGGAGCUAUGAUUAUGCUCACGGCUACUAACUACACGCUAUGGAAACCUCGGAUGGAAGAUUUCCUUAGCUGUAAAGACCUUUUUGAUCCAAUAGAGAUGAAAGGUAUUAAUCCUGACCCGGCUAAGUCAACGGAAUGGAAGAAAAUUAAUAGAAAAACUAUUGGUCAAAUCCGACAAUGGAGUGACCAUAGUGUCUUCCACCAUGUUGCACAAGAAACCGAUGCUUAUGCCCUUUGGAAAAAGUUAGAAGAUAUGUACCAGGCCAAGACCGCUAGGAACAAGGCCCUACUGAUGAGGCGUCUUGUCAAUAUGAAGCUCAAAAGUGGAACUUCUGUUGCCGAACAUACUAGUCAAUUUCAGAGUCUGGUAAAUCAACUAUCUUGUGUAGAAAUGCCACUUGGAGAUGAAAUGCAAUCUCUAAUGCUUCUUAGUUCCCUUCCUGAUAGUUGGGAGACACUAGUUGUUACUCUCAGCAACUCAGCCCCAGAUGGCAAACUUACCAUGUCUGUGGUCAAAGAUGCACUGUUCAAUGAGGAGGCAAGAAGGAAAGACAUGAGCACAGAUGAGACUCAUGCCCUUGUGACAGAGAAUAGAGGAAGAUCACAAGGAAAACAACAAAGAAACAGUAGAGGGAAAUGGCAAAGCAGGGGCAAAAGUCGGGGGAGAUCAUCAGAUGGCCGGAAACCUUCUUAUACCUGCCACCAUUGCGGUAUAGAGGGUCACAUGAAGAAGAAUUGCUACAAAUUGCUAGAGGAGCGAGGCAAGAGCAAUUCUCAAGCGAAGAGCAAGGGUGGUGAAGCGCUCAUCACAAUCUCAGGUGAUGUGGCGUAUUGUACUAUCAAUGAUGAAACAUGCCUUCACGUCUCAAGAGAGGACACUGAAUGGGUGGUAGAUACUGCAGCAUCCUACCACGUUACUCCCCACAGGUACUACUUCACAACUUACAAAGCUGGAGACUUUGGAGCAGUGAAGAUGGGUAAUUCCAGUUCAUCUGAAAUUGCUGGAAUUGGUGAUGUACAAAUAAAGACGAGUUCUGGGAGCACAAUCACUUUGAAGGAUGUCAGACAUGUUCCAGACCUUCGUCUCAAUCUCCUGUCAGUGGUAUGUCUUGACGAACAGGGAUAUGAAAACCACUUCAACAGAGGCACCUGGAAAAUGUCAAAGGGCGUUUUGACAAUCGCUCGAGGACAUGUUUGUGGCACAUUGUACAAAACCCAUUUGAGGAUUUGUACGGAUAGCCUCAACAUUGCUGAGGAGACUUCUCAGAAUCUGUGGCACCUGAGACUCGGCCACAUCAGUGAGAAAGGGCUGACUACCUUGAUCAAGAAGAACCUUAUCAACAUCGACAAGAAUGCUGCACUGGGUCCUUGCAGUCAUUGUCUGUUUGGUAAGCAUCAUAGAGUAUCAUUUAGUUCUACUUCAGCUAAAAGAUCAGAGUUGUUAAGUUU